AUAUAGAGAGCAGGAUCCAUCAUCCGUCAAUUUUGACUAGUCAGUUCAGUCAUGUGCACAUAGAAGAGUGGUGCAUUGAAUUGGAUGUUUGAAGAGGAAAGGCGUAAGAGUGAGAUCCGCAGAGCAGAGCAGUCCUAUGGAGGGUGGAGGAGGAGGCGGAGCAGUGUCGGAUAAACCAGAAGGAGGAGCGUCCUACACUUAUUGGGUGAGGGACGUUAGGGAGGAUGCGGCACCGCUCCCGGUUCCUCGCAAGCUCACCCCCGACGAUAUUCUCAACUCUCAGCCCGCCACCCUCGGCUCCGUUUGGAAUUCGGCUGGAACUUGGGAGGAGAAAAACCUUAAUAAGUGGGCAGCUGAUAGAAUCAAGGAGUUACUUGUAUCGGCGGGGUCCUUGGAGUUCCCUGGUGGCAAAGCACAGAUAUCAGAUGUGUCGAAAUGUGUAGGAGAUGCAUUCUUGGUGACUGUACGAAGCAAGAAACGAGUUGGCUACACCUAUGAGUUAACAUUGAAAGUCAAAGGGGAGUGGACAAUCAAAGAGGAGAAGAAGAUGGUCAAGGGCCAUAUAGAUAUACCGGAGUUCUCUUUUGGUGAGCUGGAUGACUUGCAGAUGGAAGUUAGAUUGAGUGAAGAGAAGGAUCUUUUGCAACAAGAGAAGUCACGGGUUUGCCAGGAUUUGAAGCUAUUUCUGCAGCCUAUUCGUGAAAAAUUGCUUCAGUUUGAACAAGAACUCAAAGAUAGAUAGAUAGAAGAGGACAACAUUGCUUUUGUCUACGACAAAAGCCAUGGUUUUAUUGCAGUUAUUAAACUCUGGUCGUAUUUUUUUUUAAUCUCCGAUUGGAAGCUACUGUUUCGAAUACGUGUAAUUGAACAUGAGACUCGUAAGAGUUUCAACUGUCAUGCUUUUCCAGUGAUGCUUUUGUUUGUACUGUUAAGAUAUCACUAGGACUUGGUGAUAAACUUUUGUUUGCCGUACGUGUUACAGUUGAUUUUGGCAUUGUGUAGCUA